AAAGCUGGUCACAUUCCGCCGAGGUUGCGUUUGAGGCCAUCAAAACAAAAAUCGCAAAAUAUUUGCAAAAACAAGCAAGGGAGACAUAUUCACAUAUAUUCAGUCAUUCGGUUAAGUCAUCUGAUGAUUGACAUGUGGUUUGAUCCAUCCGGCUACUACGUGGUAGCGCUGUCGACGCUGCUGUUAUGCAUUUUAAUAUCGCUCUAUUUUGCCAACUUUCUGAAGGAUGAUGCGGAGCAGGAGGACGAAGGACUCGGCGCUGACGAGGUGCGCUUGGAAGACGAUCCCGAGCUAAAGGCACAGAUGCAGGCGCGACUGCAACGCGAAAUCGAUGACGAUGAGGCCUAUGAGGAGGAGCAGGAGCCGUUGAGCGACAGCGAUACGGAACCGGGAGCAGCAAGGACACUCAAUUAUAGCAACCUGAUGGGCAAAUUCAAGGCCAAGCGCUAUCAGCACAAGCUCGCCAAGAACUUGUCGCCCAGCCAAAUAGAGGAGGAGCGACGCAUCGAACGGGAACAGUUGACGGCCAUAUUUGACCUACUGCGGCGACAGGAGGACGAAUUGAACCUCAAGGAGCGUAUCAGCGAGACCGACUUGAAGCAGCAAGUGAAAUUGUAUCGUUAAACUGACUGCAUGUGGAAGUAGAGAGAGGAGAGGAGUGACUACAUUUCCAAUCCUAACUAGAACGUGUGAUUAUCUCGCCGGGCAUUUUCAUCUGGUUGUAAGAAUUGGGCGACUUCCUAAAUGAUUGAUGAUUGAUGAUGAACCGAUUGAUUGGUCAACGGCAUUGUUUUGAUUUCUGAUCAUGCCUGCAUCUCAAAUCCUCCUCGGAACAAUCUGUCCGACAAGUGAACAAUGUAGAAAUUAAUGGUAAAUUUGUAAAUUUGUUAUCUGUUAUAUUUCAAUACAUUUUCAAUCUGUACAAUUGUUCGAAUAUGUUUGUAAACAAUUUGAAUAAAUUAUUGUAAUGCAUAACAUUA